AUUAUGGAAUUCAUAACACCUAAUUAAAAUUAGUAGCACGUGGACUUCAGUACGUUCUAUUAAAUGUGAAGAAUAAUAUAAAGAGACAAUAGCAAGUCUAAAAGCGAUUCCCUAUAGCCCGUUAAUAGAAUAUCAAUGGCUACUUGAUCGAAAUGAUUUUCUUCUGUUGAAUGAGAUAAUUGAGUAGGUAUACUAAUACUAAACUAAAAAAAUACUUGCGCAUAUCGAAGUCGUUUGGAACGACAUGGGUAACAGAAUCAUCAGACCCAAAUGAAGUGUCCAACUUGUCGGCCGAUGGACACACGGGGAAAAGUUCUGGCGUAAACAACGACAAAAUGUGUGAUAACAGUGUGUACACAAGAAUAAUAAAUAAUUAACAGUUAAUGAUAAUGUCGAAGAACAAUAAGAAACUCUCAAUAAGUGGAGAGAGAGAUCAGUGAAGUGAUUCGUAAUGGACCAGAGUGACGAGUUCGAGACCGACCCUUUCCAUCCGUCUGCUAAUAUGACAUCGUUAAGGCAAUUGGUCAUUUUUUUUUCGUUCGUAAUAGGAGCUGCCGGAAAUAUUGCGGCCCUUUGGAUACUUCACAAAUCGGCAAAAACAAGAAACAGCAAACAUGUUCUCAUGUUGCGAUGUUUGGCUACGAACGAUUUAGUUGCACAAAUUGGAAUGUUAACGCUUAUCCAUUUGGAUAAAUAUCGUGUAUUACCGCUAUAUUGGGCUUGCGUGCUUUACGUAUGUUUGCGAGCUUUUGGAUUAAGUUCUGGAUGUGUUGCAUUCGUAAUGGCCAUUGAGCGGUGGUUAGCCCUUACAAGACCCUUUCUAUAUCAAAAGAUCGUCACAUACAGGAUGGUCAAAAGGACUAUAUUUGGUUUAUGGCUGUCGGCAUUCGUUCUGACGUAUUUGCCUUUGCUAGGAUUCGGUCUUUAUUACGAAAAUGGCAAAUGUUGUAGGUACAGAGACGCCAAAGAAAUAAAGGAUAUUGUUUAUGCGUACGUCUUCUGCUUUAUUGGAACAAUGUUAUGCUUGUGCAUAGCACUCUGCAAUAUAUCAAUUAUCAUCGAACUUUGCCGAAUUGGCAAUCAUACGCGUUCUUUAUUGCGAAGAUGUAGCAGAUCUGGUAUUAACAAUAGGUAUUCAACUCAAGAAGAAAUAGCAUUUGCUAAAUUAAUGGGAUACAUUUGCAUAAUUUUUAUUGCAUGCUGGAUGCCCCAAAUGAUAUCGAUUCCUCUGGCUCAGGUGUUUCAUCAUUCGAAUGCAUGCAGAAUAUUUUCGAAGAUAGCCGACAUUUGCAUGUGUGCUUAUUUUACAAUAGACCCGUAUAUUUAUGUGCUUCAGCGUUACUUCGAAAAACGAAGAUGCAGCUGCUUUUGCCCUCGAAAGAACAAGGAAUCUAUUAGCAUGCAACAAUCGAACGGGUCAAGUGUUUUAAUAACGCCCACAACACUGGCUGCGGUGGCUUCAGUUUAAAAACUUUCUCAAGUGUACUCGUACGCUCGCUAAAAACGCUAUUAGUUUUCGAUAGUACAUGCGUAGAUUAUUUAGCCUCUUUUAUCAUUAUUAGUUAAUAUUUAUAUAAGAUGACUGUUCAAUAAAUGUAUGGAUUGAGUGGUUGGUGACGUUUACUUAAUUUCGGAUUUACUGAGGUCUCGGUAGGCUUGUAUCAAGCAGGAAGCGGCUAAGAUAUUAUUAUAACACAAAUACCCAUUUAUUUUUUAUACAGGGUGUCCCACAAGUAAAUAUUAGGGACGAGCAAAUUUGGUAUUCGUCUUGACCAAAUACGCAAGAAAAAUAAUUACUUCCGGUGAAUUUAUUAGUUAAAUUAUUUGAAAAAAAGAAAAAUUUGUGCUUAGUUAAAAAUACGUAAGUAUCAGAUUAAAAAGACGUAACACGUAAGACGAAGACCGAAACAAUACCAGCAAGACCAAAACCAUGAUGGAAUAAGCAAGACCAAUACCAAGAAGACUAGAACAGUCUUGCUUUGUUCAUCACUUAGUAAAUAUCUAUUUUUGUGAAAUGAAAAGGAUAUUUUUUAAAAAGAUUCAAAUUCUACUAAAAGAUGUUUAUCAUCAUAUUUUGUGCUCCAGAAUUAAAAGAAAAAAAAAACAAUUUUACGUUUGUUUUUGAAACUCAAAGCUUAUGUCGUUUUUGUAAUCAAUUAAUCUUAAAUUUUUUGCAUUUCUUUUUUCUAUCGAAACAGUUAAUUCUGAGGCAUAAAAAAAUUCAAAACAUCUUAUAAAUACAAUUUAAUACAUGAUUAUACUUUCUUGGAAGCUUCUAAAUGCGAAUUGUGAUUUCUAUCUUAUUAGAUUUCAUCAUAACGCCGUAGGAAGUCUCGAUGAAGAUGGUAAACAUUAAAAAAUUUGAAUAUUAUGAAAACUGUGCUGUUUCACGAAAAUAAAUAUUAUAUUUACUGUUGGAACACUCGGUAGAUGUUUAAUUGUGAGUACAAUUUAAUUUUAUCCAGCAUUUACCAUUUACCGUACAAACAAACAAUUGUAUACUUACACCAAUUUCAAGAAAUUGACUGAAAGAAAGACUGAACUUAUUCGGGUAGUUUGCAUUACUACAGGUAUAUUAAAGAAGAAAAAAGGAAUAGUAAUAAACAAUACUUUCGAUUGAAAAUGAAACGUAAUGUGUGUGUUUGAAAAUGAUGAAACAGACAACGAGUAAAAUAGAAAAAUGAAUGAUUUAAUUUCAAUUCAGACUGAUAUUAACUACAUGUGAUAAUUUAUUUAUUAUUAGUAGCAUAAAAUAGAUGAGUUACAUACAGUAGGUAUUUUUUUCCUUUGCAUAUGUAUAUUAACACACCUGCAGUAUUA